ACUUCGCCAAAGCGCGGCGACAACGGGGUGCUCCUCAAGACACCCGGCAUUUCGGUCGCCAUAUAAUCCCAACCGAACUCACCCAACUCUGGGUGUGCAACGGGCCGGUCUGCACCUUUGCUUAAUUCCGUGUCCUCGAUCAAGAUAAUUCUUCUUCCCAGUAGGUGAGAAGAAGAAGAGCAACUGCUAGCUACCAUACCAAAGCUAGCUAGGUGUGUGUGCUGGUUGCAAGAAAGGGUCCUGACUCCUAGGUAUAUACAAUAUGGGUAGCUUGGGAGAGGUCGACCAUGGCGGCAGGGAGAUGUUCCAUGGCCACUCUGACCCCGUCGUCGACGAGCUCAAUAGGCUGGAGAAUCUCCUCAGAGAAAAGGAGAGAGAGUUAGGACACGCAUACAGUGAAAUAAAAGGCCUAAAGGUGACAGAAGCUCUGAAGGACAAGGCGAUUGCUGAGCUGAGCAAGGAGCUGAAGAAGCAGGACGAGAAGCGGAGGAUCCUGGAGAAGCAGCUUGAGCAGAAGAAUCUGGAUGUAAAAAGAUUAAGCAAUGAGCGGAAGGAAGCGUUAUCAGCACAGUUCGCCGCGGAGGCAACACUCAGGAGGAUCCACUCGUCCCAGAAAGACGAGGAAGUGGUUCCCUUCGAUGCCAUCAUAGCACCCCUGGAGUCUGACAUCAAGAAGUACAGACACGAGAUUGCGGUGCUCCAGGAUGACAAGAAGGCACUAGAACGGCACCUGAAGCUCAACGAGGCAGCGCUUGUCGAGGCCGGGGAUAUUCUGCGCAGCGCGCUCGAGAGGGCGCUGAUUGUAGAGGAUGUCCAGAACCAGAACAUUGAGCUGAAGAAACAGAUGGAGAUCUACCAUGAAGAGAACAGACUGCUGGAGAAGAGUAACCGGCAGAAAGUCCUAGAGAUCGAGAAGCUCACCCACACCAUCGGCGAGCUUGAGGAGUCCAUUCUUGCCACCAGCGAUGUCACCAACGCCGUGCACUUCUACCGGAACCAGACUGCCAGGUUGAAUGAGGAGAAGAAGACACUCGAGAGGGAGCUAGCUCGAGCCAAAGUCUAUGUCAACCGUGUGGCAACGACAACGGCAAACGAAUGGAAGGAUGAUGCUGACAAACUGAUGCCAGUCAAGAGAUGGCUGGAAGAACGAAGGCUCCUGCAGGGAGAGAUAAAGCGGCUGCAUGACAAGAUAACCAUAGCCGAGAGGUCUGCGAAGGCGGAAGGCCAACUCAAUGACAAACUCAAAAGGAGAGUGAAAUCAUUGGAGGAGGAAGUGAAAAAUGAAAAAUCUAACGCGCCUGCCAAGGAGGCCAACACAAAAGCCACCUCAAACAGAUCAACAUCUCAACCAAGACAAGCAAGCACAACCAGAAUGUCACAGCAACCGUCCUCGUUUGAAGGUAUUGUUGACAGGAGAAGGCCAACGUCUCAACCAAGGGCGUCCACAGCAGGGAAGAUGCUGAAACAACCUAAUUCAGGAGCCGAGUCUGUGGAGAAAGUGAAAAUUGUUAAACGAACUGACAGUCCAAGAGCAAGAAUUGCUGCUGCAGGUAGAGGAGAACGUCCUGCGAGGAAUCACCUGUGGGCGACGAGAAGUAAAGUGACCAGCGAUGCUGGGAAAGAAAACAAAGAACAGAAUCCAAAUUAUAAGCUACACUUGAUUACUCAACAUGUGCAAGGACACAGUGGCGUGAAGACACAAGCUGUAUUUGAUGCUAAUGGAGAUUGUGGAGUUCAGUGCAGUAAAGAUCAUGAAGACAUGGAUUUGGAGAGCCUGGAUGAGGGAAAAUCUGAUACUUCUAAUGCUGCAAGGAGUACCAAGGGUAACAGGGAAAACUGACGAUUUUCUUUUGCAAAGAGGAUACCUAAUACCAGAAGGGCGAGUAGCAAUUAUCAUGUACAGAUGCAGCGUUGUGAUUUUGAAGAGUGUGUAUGCCUCUCAGCAAAUUAUUCAACUUGGGAGAUUGUUUGAACAACAAAACCACAAGCUCAUGUUGUCUUGUUUCUUUAUUCUCUCUUGUACAUGUAAAAGCUGUGCCUGGUCCAUAAGGUUUAGCAAUGCAAUUUGUGCUUAUAAAAAAUAAAAAUGCAGUUAAGGGUGUUUUGGGGAAAGGUCCAUUUACACAAAAUAAGAAAGUUGGUGCUAAUGUAAUGGAAGCAAUGCAAAGAGAAGUAACGAAUGUGUCUAUGCUGUUUAUUUGAAUUUCUGUUCUAUAAGUAUUCUGUCCCCAGUUUC